AUGUCUGAAUCAGACUCCACAUAUUUGGCGCUCAGAGACACGUGCGUGCGCGGCGAGCUUCCAGCAGACCUGGGCGCCAUUGCGUCGCUGCUCACGCCUGUCAAAACGCUGCAGAUCUUGCUGGUCGAUCUGCCCGAAACCGUUUCCUUGCGCCUCUGUUUCGAGGCUGCCCAGUCCGCGCUCAGGGGCUCCGACGCCCCAGAUUCUCUCCCUUUGCCUGAAGCGUUUGUCUUUCCAGAAAACGUUGUGGCAGAGCUGGUGGCUGAGGCCGAUAGCUCGCUUGAGGAACAGGUGCACCGAUGGCACUUUGACAGCAAUCAGGACCUCUACUUUCAGUUUGUCCAGGCCAGGAUCUUCAAAACAAACUACUAUCUGGGAGUUCUGCCCGCACCAGACGAGAUCGGAGACCUUGUGGUCGCCUCAGAGUUCGCGUCCAAGCAAUUGACAGACUGGUGGAGCCAGUUCUACGUGCCGCUCGCCGGUUUGGCUGAGUUCGGAGACGUCCCGCUGUUGCUCGACUUUGUCGACUAUUACUCGCCAACGGAACAGAUCGAGCUGUUCGUUGGACUCAUGGACACCUCGAACCACGACCGAAUCGUCCACUGGCUCUGCAAAUACCACAGCUAUCUCAACGACAACGGAACAACUAUCAAUGACUACAUCCUCUCGCUAGGAAACACCAUCGUCACCAAAUCGGCCGUCCAGAUCGAGUCCAAGUUCGAAACCCUCACAAGGCUCGUCACGUCCAGCGACCUGCUGGCCUAUCUGCAGGCCAGCGGUGCCUUACAGAAGUUUGUCAGCAUAGUGUUAGCAACAAUUUACCUAUGUCCUGAAGUGUCGCUCUCUCUUUACGUGAAGAUGAAGGAAAUUCUCGUCUGUCUCAAGUUCAUCGAUCCCGACAAUCUGGCCCCUAACACACAUCAGAAGCUUGCGCGCAAAGACUCGCUGCAAGAAAUGGCAGACUCCAUAGUGCCUUGUCCAGACACCAUCAAAACGCUUACACAAUAUGUCGAGACGGGAGAAAGACUCUUCUCCAACAACAUGUCGCUAGCUCAGGUGGCUGAGCUGCCUGACCUCGAUGCGCAGGAUCAGUACGACCAGCUGGAAAAGUUCGUCAUCACGGAGUCUGAGUAUUUGAAAACCGCUAGACAGUGGGAAGGCUUGCUCAGCUCGGUGUACUGGGUAGUCAACAACACCCAUGUCUUCAACAAAGUCCAGCUUGCGCAAGUCGAUGAGCUCUUCCUGAGCAAACUGCUGUCGAGAAACAUGUUUGCCUUGACCACCUCUGUCUUUUUGCCCAGGUACUGCACGCUGGACACCGGUCAAGUGGACAAAAUUCUUAUCGAGGCCGCAUGGGGGUUCUACCGCAAAGCAACCAAUUGCGACCCGUCCAUGGGCCACUUGAAGAGCGCCAGAAGCUGCCUGCAGAUGGCCAGCUCAGGCACGUUGCAACUCGAGCAGCUCAUCGCAGCUAAUCAGGAACUGUUGCACUGGAAAUUAUUCUUCCAGCCGGGCGUUCCUAUCAAGCCGCUAGACAUAUUGGAGACCAAAGACCCUUUGAAGGUUGUGUCUAGGAUUCUCGAACUUAACGGCAACGCAUACAAAGAAACCGAGCUGCUGGAGUCUUUGCUGCUACAUUUGAGCGCAGGCCUCAAUAGCCAAGAUGAGAUGGCUACCAUCAAGCUGCGCCUCCUCUGCCUUGACUUCGCUAUUGCUCAGGACUUUGGCCACUCACUGCAGUUGGCCUUGACCUUGAUCGACCUCGCCGUCAACGCCAAGACAAACGAUCCCAAGCUAUUCGGCCUCAUCCAGGAAAGAUGGUUCUCCAUAUUCCAGCUCGUCAAGAACGACUAUGCCGAGCCAGAAGAGCACGAACAACUUACACAGAAACUCCGCCUGUUGCAGCGUCUUAUGCUGAUAGUGCCCACUGAAUUUAAUACCAACGUUCUUGAGCAAUGGCAGUUACUCAAUACCAUUCUUGACCAGGUCGUACCAGAGACUCCUCUGUCAGGACAGACGAAGAUGGAGAAAUCCAACGACUUGGGCAAAAAUAUCAUUGGCUGGAUAGUCGGAGCCCAGUAA